AUGAAUAUCUCCCCCAGGCACGAAGGAGACUGGUUAGUUGUCAUCCCCUUGGCUGAGGGUGCAACUCUUCUUUCCUCUGGAGCUAGACUGUACAAGGGCUUUGCAGCAGUUGUCGACGACUGCUGGGAUUACAGUCCAAAUGUGCCUAUGCUGUUCUUGAGGCCUAAGAUUUUGGUCCCGAGUCCUAUACCGCCACGAAGGGAAUGGAUCUCAUUACAGCUUAGCGAAAAAGCACAGGAUCUUCGAGAAGAAAUCAAAGCGCUGUUACCUCAGGCUGGCACUUCGUGGGAUCGUAACACGCACGAGAUAAGCUACUCUAGCGACGAGUUGACCAAGAAGUUGUGCGAGCUGGGAGGUGACAUAGUGCUGGAGAAGAGACUAAUCUGGACUGUUGGGAAAUUUCCUGUUCCUACAAGGGUUAUCAACGAAAGGAGUUGGAUGAUUAUUAUCCCUUUAUAUGAGAAUACAGUCCUUACUCCUAGGGGUAGAUUGGAAGAUGGUUGUUACACAUGGAUCCCCGAUGAGCCAGUCAUGCCUGCAGAUACACCGGUUAUAUUCUGCCGUUGA